UCCCUACUGGCCAGUCUUUCUCUUUAGUUCACUCCUGAUCACUUAAAAAACCAACCUCACACACAGCCCUCCUCACUACUCCACUGCUUUCUCCAAUGCACUUGUCUUCUUCAUAACCAACAUCACUGUCUUUGUUAUUGUGCUCUCUCUCUUUAUUUACUUCCUUUGGUGGUCCUCGCUCUCUUUAUAACUCUCUUAUCGCUUUCUCCAAUUUUUCAUCUCUUUUAUAUCUCAACUCUGGAUAUCCUUUUCUCUGCUCUCUCCCUCUCUCUCACCUUCUUUUUCUUCCUACACUAAACCUAUUCUUCUUCUCCUCUAAGCUCUAUAAACCUCCUAGAGAUUCAUUUCAUGAGCUAGUUUAUAUACAUAUAUAUUAUUGUUUAUUUCUAGUAAACCCCUUAAGGCUUUAAGCUCAUACUUCGAAAGAUUAAAUCACACUACAACGUGUGUAAAGAGCACCACCACCACCACCAUCAUCAUGUCUAGCCGAAGGUCGAGGCAAUCUGGUUCGAGGAUCAGUGAUGAUCAGAUCAUUGAUCUCGUUUCCAAAUUACGCCAACUUCUUCCUGAGAUUCGUGAUAGGCGCCCUGACAAGGUUUCGGCAUCCAAGGUUCUACAGGAAACCUGCAACUACAUUAGAAGUUUGCACAGAGAAGUUGAUGAUCUGAGUGAGCGACUAUCUCAGCUUCUCUCUACCAUUGAUGCUGAUAGUGCUGAGGCUGCAAUAAUUAGGAGUUUAAUUAUGUAAUGUCUAAUUAUAUAUAUAAUUAAUUAAUGUCGUUUUAAUUUCUAGGUUAAUUUGUACUUGAAGCUGCUUAAUUACUAAGUUUUAGGUUUGGUCAAUAGAUCAAACUCCUUUGCUUAUGGGUAAUUAUAUAAUUAAGUUGUAUAAUAAAAAAGCUUGCAUUGGCAAAUCCACUUAUGCAUAAAUAUUGUAUUAUAA